AUGCAGCGCCUGGCCAUCUUCCUCGUGUUCCUGCUGAGCUCUGCUCUAGCCUUGCCCACUCCGGCCAGGCUGUGGAGCAAGGGUAAUGGCCGCAUCAUUGGAGGAUCCUCUGCCAACAUAGCCAACUACCCGUGGCAACUGUCUUUCCAGUACGGCGGUUCGCACAUCUGUGGUGCAUCCAUCAUCAGUUCCAACUGGGCGCUGACGGCUGCUCACUGUGUGGACGGCAUGAGCCUCUCUCUGAUCAGUUUCCGGGCCGGCACCUCAACCCGUGGAAGUGGCGGUUUCGUCAGAAGCGCCAGCUCUGGCUACAUGCACGCAUCGUACAACGACCAGACUAUAGACUACGAUGUUGCUGUUGUUCAGGUGUCCGGAUCUCUGCUGGGUUCGAACGCACAGACAGUGGGCCUCGCCAGUGACAACUACGACCCACCAGGUGGUCUCGCCGUGACGGUGACUGGGUGGGGAGCCACGUACACCGACGGACCGUCCGCCAACAGUCUGCUCAAGGUGGACAUCAGCAUCUUGGACCGCAACACGUGCAGGAACACCUUCGCCAACAUCAACACUGUGACCGACCGCAUGGUGUGCGCCGGCCAGGCCGGCAAGAGCGUCUGCAGCGGAGACUCUGGUGGUCCGCUGGUCAGUGGAAGCACCCAGGUGGGCAUCGUCUCCUGGGGCAGCUCGGUGUGCGAGGCCACCCCCGGUGUCUUCGCCAACGUCGGCAAUCUGCGUUCCUGGAUCCGAAAUGCAUCUGGCGUCUAAGGACUCUAGCCUAUCUACUGUACUGGGUUCCAUCAUUGGAAUAUGUAAU